AUGUUCACCGAAAAGGGAAUCUUUCCCAUAGGCGAUGGCCUUUUGGAUGUAGAUGCCGAACGCUUUAACGGAUUGCUCGUGUCGCAUGACAUCAACGAGAUCUACGAGGUGGAACAGACGCCGUUUGCCAGGGGCAAAUUCGCCGCCGUUCGCCGUGCCAUUCACAAGAACACGGGCUCCCAUUUCGCGGCAAAGUUCUUGAAGCGACGCCGACGCGCACAGAGCAGCGACAAGGAGAUCAAACACGAGAUCGCCGUCCUAAUACUCUGCGAGGGCGAGGAGAACAUUGUCAAUCUGAAUGCGGUGCACGAGACCCGUUCGGACACAGCCCUGCUGCUGGAACUGGCCACUGGUGGCGAGCUGCAGACCAUACUGGACAACGAGGAGUGCCUGACAGAGGCCCAGGCCCGCCACUGCAUGCGAGAGGUGCUGAAGGCUCUCAAGUUUCUCCACGACCGAUUCAUUGCCCACCUGGACCUCAAGCCACAGAACAUUUUGCUCGCCGGCGAGCGUAUAGAAGAUGGCCUCAAGCUCUGUGACUUUGGGAUCUCGCGCGUUGUGUGCGAGGGCAUCAAUGUCCGCGAGAUGGCCGGCACACCCGACUACGUGGCCCCCGAGGUGCUCCAGUACGAGCCACUCUCCCUGCUGACGGACAUCUGGUCCGUGGGCGUUCUCACCUAUGUCUUGCUCUCCGGCUUCUCGCCCUUUGGCGGGAACACCAAGCAGGAGACCUUCCUCAAUAUCUGA